AUGACUAGUAAUGAUCCGAAGCUCUUCUACUCCGCCUACAACAAGUACCAUAAUCCGACACGUGUCCUUCCCCCUCUCCUUAUAUAUUCGACUGUUCUCUCCUUCGUUCCAAGUUUCAAAACGGCAAGUUUCAGAGGCUUUUCCUUUUUUUUUACAGAUCCGAAAAUGUCAGAAAUGCAGUUGCCACCAGGAUUCCGAUUUCACCCAACAGAUGAAGAGCUAGUGAUGCACUAUCUCUGCCGCAAAUGCGCCUCUCAGUCCAUCGCCGUCCCCAUCAUCGCUGAGAUCGAUCUCUACAAAUAUGAUCCUUGGGAGCUUCCCGGUUUAGCCUUGUAUGGUGAAAAGGAAUGGUAUUUCUUCUCUCCAAGAGACAGAAAAUAUCCAAAUGGAUCUCGGCCAAACCGGUCAGCUGGUUCGGGUUACUGGAAAGCAACUGGAGCUGAUAAACCGAUCGGACUUCCUAAACCGGUUGGGAUUAAGAAGGCUCUUGUUUUCUACGCCGGUAAAGCUCCCAGGGGUGAGAAAACCAAUUGGAUCAUGCAUGAGUACCGUCUUGCCGAUGUUGACCGAUCCGCUGCUCGCAAGAAGAAGAACAGUCUCAGGCUGGAUGAUUGGGUUCUUUGUCGGAUUUACAACAAAAAGGGAGCUAUCGAGAAGCGAGGACCACAACCACCGCCAACUCCGGUUGGUUACGGAGGUAUCUCCGACGAGGUCGUGGAGGAGAAGCCGAGGCUGUCGGAGAUGGGUAUGCCUCCGCCGCUGGUGAUGGCGAAUGACUUCGUGUAUUUUGACACGUCGGACUCGGUGCCAAAGCUGCACACGACUGAGUCGAGUUGCUCGGAGCAGGUGGUGUCGCCGGAGUUCACGAGCGAGGUUCAGAGCGAGCCCAAGUGGAAGGAUUGGUCGGGCGACAAAAGUAGCCUUGACUAUGGGUUUAAUUACAUAGAUGCCACUGUGGAUAACGCGUUUGGAGGAGGAGGAGGGAGCAAUCAGCUGUUUCCGCUACAGGAUAUGUUCAUGUACAACAUGCCCAAGCCUUUUUAGCUGAACGCAAACGCAAACGCUUGUUUUUUUCGCCUCUAUAUGGGUAUCACGAGAUCGGUUAUGGUACGGUCAAUGAGUGUGCCGAUUCGGCGGAGCCGCCAUUAGAUAUUUUAUUGUUACGAUGUUCAGUGUUACUUUUAUUUUCUAAGCCGUCAGAUUUACGGGAAAUCUCUGAUCGGACGGCGGUCGAUGUGUCGUUGUACUAGUGUUGUUUGGUAGAAAAAUCCACGUGUCUUUUCUUUUUGGGCUUUAGUGGGCGUAAAAGUCAAAAAGCUAAGAAUAUUUGUUAUUAUCUGUGUCGUAAUAAUCAUAUUUCUUCUAUC